AUGUGCCGUGACGUCUUUGGUGAGGAAUUCGACGGCGACUAUAUCGAGAAGGCAGUUCGGUCCACAAUUGAACGUUACGGUGGAGCUGAUGGCUAUAAGGGCACGAACGUUGUGAUUGCCAAUGGAGGACGCGAUCCGUGGAGUCUGGUGAGCAAGCUCACGUCGAAAGAUCCCACAGUUGUUCCGUACGUUAUAAAAGACGGUCUCCAUUGCGACGACAUGUUUCCCUACGAGGCCCGCCUCCCGCCAGAAACAAAAGUGCUUCACCAAGUCAUCGCUAUGAAUAUCGAUAACUGGAUUUCCGAUAUUCCCAGUCGCAUUUUUCUUUCCUGGUAA